AUGAACACGGCACCUUCACCGUUACCUGCUCUGCAGGGUAAGCAGCUCAUCGUGUUCGAUUUUGACUGGUCGCUGGUUGAUCAAGACACGGACCGAUACGUACACGAAGUUCUCUGCCCACCUCUUCGGGCCGAGCUGCAACGACGCAAGAAAAGCGAGCAGUUCACCGAUCUCUGCGCAUCGCUUCUCGUCAAGCUUCACCAACAAGGUGCAACGCCGGACGACAUUCGAUCCGCGCUCCAGACCCUACCCUUCCACCCGGGUGUCAAACGCGGUGUCAGCAACCUCAAAGCUGCCGGUCAGACCACCUUCUUCCUCUUGUCCAACAGCAACACCGUCUACAUCGACACCAUCCUGCGUCACCACAAGCUCGAAUCGCUCUUCGACGAGAUUGUCACCAACCCGGCAGCGUUCAACGAUUCCGGUGCGCUCAUCUUGCAACGCCGCGUCCUUGCGACGGCGGAAAAGCAGCACGGAUGCAAGGUCGGUUGCAGCGCAAACAUGUGCAAGGGAGAAGAGCUCGAUGCGUUCCUGCAGAGGAACGGGGGCAGGGAUGCGUUUGAUAGGAUCAUCUACGUGGGUGAUGGUGGGAAUGAUUUCUGCCCCGUACUGAGGUUGCAGCCGAAGGACCUGGCAUUCGUGAGGAAGUUCAGAGGGUUGCAGACGAGGAUCGCGAAGGAAGGAGGCGUCAAGGCAGGGGUCAAGUACUGGAACGGUGCUUGGGAGUUGGAGGGUUACUUGAACGAGGCGAGGGGCGAGCCUGCGUUGGAUUACUGA